CCAUUUGGGCCGGAUUUUGAACGGUGUUUGGCCUCUGGCUUUCGGCGUUGGACCCUGCCGGCCUCUAGACCGGGCCCGAAAAUUUGCAAUUGGAGGAUCCCGUCGCGUCUCCUGUUUUCUUCAUUCUUUCUAUCUCCGUUGUUCCGAUUCUUGAUUCUGGUGCUGCGGGUUGUUUACAGGGCUGUUCAUCGGGGAUGGCAUGCGUCUGAAAGAACACCAUAUUCUAACUUCCGGUUCCAUCCACCGUCCAAUUCUUAUCUCGGGCACUCCCUACGAGCCCGCCGUCCCUGCAACCUACAAUUUAUCCAUUGCGACAGCGCACAGCGCACAACAGACGCCUCCGUGUCCCUUCGAACGUCCUCCCUCUUCGACGAAUAUAAUAUACCUUACCUUGCCUACCUUACCGCGCCCGCGCUCCCCUAAUAAUAGCAACACUCGCCAGCGAACGGGACAAUAUCAACCAACCCAACAUGAGCUGGUUAACCACCUUGUCGGGGUAUCUGACCCCGGGGUUCCUCGUGCUGUCACCGCUGCUCUCGUACAGUGACCAGGCCUACUCGAUGCACCGCGCAAAGUCGAGCGCCGGCUUCUCGCUCGACAUACCCCUCAUCAUGCUUGUGGCCUCACUGCUCAGGAUAUUCUACUACCCUGGUGCCAAAUUCGACAUUGCGCUCCUUAUACAAUCGCUUGUCAUGACCGUCAUGCAGGUCGUUCUUCUCAAGAUUGCGCUCGACCAUCGCCCCGCGCCCUCGUCAAAGGGCGGUGACGCUGCUGUCCCCUUCGCCAAAGUAAAUGAGCGAGAGAGACAACGGCCGUUCAACUUUUGGCAGUGGAGGUCUCCCAAACCAUACUGGCAGUUCAUAAUGUCCCUGUUUGUCGGCCUGGUGGCUUGCGAGCUCUUGCUCUCCCCUAUUCCGUCGGUGUACCAGGGGUACUCUUCCUUGAUCGGCUACAUCGGGCUCGCUGUUGAGGCUAUAUUGCCUCUGCCACAGAUUAUCGCCAAUGCGAAGUCCCGGACCUGCAAAGGUUUCCGGUUCUCCGUCUUGGCCAGCUGGCUGCUCGGUGACAGCAUGAAGAUGUUUUGGUUCUUCACCUCCAAGACGACCAUCCCAUGGGCGUUCAAGCUCUGCGGUAUCUUCCAGGCCUGCUGUGACUCCUUUCUUGGGGUUCAAUACUGGAUGUAUGGAAAAGGCCUAACUGAGAUCAAGGAGCAUGAGCUGCCCAGCACGGCAACUUGGGCCGAGCCCAAAGCCGAUAUUUUUGCAGGCGGGCGCCGCAGAGGUACUUCGGUGCUCCAAGCUCAAAAGACGACAUGAAUGAUGUAAACGAGUACAUAAUAUUAUAUAGAUCUUGUAAUAAAUUUUGAUGUGAUUGAAACACUCA